UAAUUUCGCAUUUUUAGUAUUUUUUCCAAUAAUUUAGAGGUUAGGAAAAUGUAUUUAAACAUUGGAAUCGUGGUGGGUUAACCGCCGGUGACGUCAAGUUUCCGAUCGCAGGUGUCAUGGAAACGAACUCCAAAGAAGAGGAGAGGUUUCAACGAACGAACGACGACGUCUAUUUGUCCAGAUCAUCUUCUCCGCCGAAACAGUCUCUACCGUUUCCUCCAAUAAUAAUAAUAAUAAUUUAGUUGAUUUUUUUAAAUAAAAUAACAAUAAUGUCGGUUUCGGAUAAAGCAGUCUCAACAGAAGAUUUACCACUAUCAACGCGAAAUACUUGCGUGGAAGUUGCUAAACUUGAAGGCGUUUUAAAUACAUUACUCCAAAGCAAAGUGGAAGCGAUUAAAAACGAUAAGACGACGUCUUCCAGUUUACAUUCGAGCCCGAAAUUAUUCGUGAAUCGAUUGAGAAUCGCCUCGACAUCGACCACUUCUUCCAAAGAUAAAGAUAGCGGAAAAGGAGGGUUUCAUAAAGAUUUUAAACGAAGGCAUCGAAAACGUAGGAAUAGUGAUGAGAUUCGGUUGGCGAAACAUCGAUUUAAAAGAAAUGGGAGAAGUAGACAAAGAAUAUCGAGUUCUUCCCCAGAAAGUCCUAAUAGAUACAAUUUGGGAAAAUGUGACAAAACAAUUUCACAACAAAACCAACCAAGCGAUGAAGAAUCCAACUUCCUUUUUCAAGGAGUUUCAAUUGAAUCUUCUUGUCCGAGUGGACAUCGACAUUCGUGUUGUUGUAGACACGAAAAUAACGGUGAUGUACAACUUCAUUUCGACGAAGAUUACAUUUCACUAAAAAUCGAAGAUUUCGACGAAUACGACGAAACGUUAAUGACUUCGGAAGCGUUGAGGCGAGCUCGCCGGAAACGUAGAAGACGCCGAAAACGACGAGCGAGACGUCACAUGGCUGCGAUGGCAGCCGUUCCCAUCGAACCGCAACAUGUUAAAGUUUUGGAAGCAGAUGAGUUACCUCAAAGAGCUCGGUGGACGAUCGUCGCAACAGCGUGUUUAUUACUUUUUAUGUGUUUGUUACUUGUUGGAGUCACGCUGAGGAUGGCUCCAAUUAUCGACGAUAUGGUACGCAAAGAGAAUCAGGAACUGAUUAAUUCCAUCAAUAGAGAACAUUCGACGUCAUCAACGACGUCCAUCUCAUCAACAAAUUCGUCAUCGGCCGUUUCAAAAGACUGACAACGGUUAAAUUAGGUUGUUCUUGGCGUAAAAAAAUGAUAAUUCCACUUGUUGUUAUAGUCACUUUCUAUAUUUCAAAGAAACAAAUCAAUUCCGAUUGGUAUCACAGGGAAAAUGUUUUAAAAUCAUUACUACUUAAUUAUACGACUUAAACUAAAAGAAUAAAGUAAAAAUAAAUAAAAUUGAAUUUAAAAUCAAUUAAUUGAAGACAAUCUUAAAAUAAAAUACACGUAAAAACUAGAAUCAAACUGUGAUACCGACUUUAUCAAAUAAUAUACAAAACGAAAAUAUCUUUUUAGGUUUUGUUAUUCUUAAUUUGUAGCUUUAAGAUUAAAGAAAAAAAAAUGAUACGAAUUUAAGAUUGUUGCUGUUUGUGAAAAAGUGUUUAGACGUAUAAAAGUAUUUAAAAAGAACGUAAAUUAUAAAACGUAAUUAAUUACAUUUGAAUGUGAUACCUUAUUGCGAACCAUCCAAAAAGCACAAGAGUAUUAGAGACUUUUUUUCUAAAAUCAAAAUACUUAAAACAUAGAUGUUAAUGAGAAAAAAAAAACGGAGUGAAUUAAUAAAUAAUAAUACUUUAAAAAUCGGUUUUAACGAAGAAAAUACUUAGGACAUAUCAAAUUGUUUCGUUUCAAAUUACGUUACGUUACGUUACAGAAACGAUUUUUAAUGUAUUAUUUUUAAAAAUUGAUCAAUAUAUACGUAAAUUACCUUUAAAAAAUAAAUGAGAUAUCGAUUUGUGGGUUAUGUAUUAUACAUAAAUACAAAUAAAAAUUGCGUGUUUAGAUUUGUGUCUAAUAAUCAACCAAAAAAAAAAAGUAAUAAGUAAAAAAAAAAGCAAUUAAAAGUCAACGUUAUAAGUGGACAAUCAAAAAGGAAUUACGAAUAUAAACUACUUAUUUAUAAACAAAAAAAUGCGGAUUAUUGAUCGUUUAAUAUCGAUUUAAGAAAUAAUGAUUGUGAUUGUUAAAUUUAUGUGAGAAAAAUAAAUAAAUUUAAAAGAA